UGAUUUCAAAUGCGUGACUGCUUUGCAGUGUGGGUGUGCGUUUGAUAUGAUUGAAACUUGUUCGCGUAAAAAACUAAGGAGUCUUCGCCACGACUCUACGUCGGCUCUACUUAAUCCGAACGCAGCGACGACAGCAACUGCGAAAAGCGGCGACAAUCGUAAACGACAGCGAACAGAAGAAGACAAAGACAUCUACAGUGACUCGUCGAUUGGCUGUUUGCUCUCAAGCGUUCCUCUCGUUGCCGAACGCUUCAAUGUUCUGGAAAUGAUCGGACGAGGUACGUUCAGUCACGUCUAUAAGAGUCACGUGACCGGAAAUGUAAGAAAACUCUACGCUCUGAAACACGUUGUGCCAACCAGUUCUCCUAGAAGAAUUAGCAAUGAGUUGAAAUGUCUGAAUUUGUUGAAAGGCAGAGAGAAUAUUAUUGCCAUCGAGACGUGUUUGAGGUGGAAAGAUAAUGUUGUGAUAGUGCUGCCAUUUGUUUCUCAUCAGAACUUCAAGGACUAUGUUGGUGAUAUGAGUGUCUCCGAAAUGCGUGACUACGUGCGUGGACUUUUCAUCGCUCUGAGAGGCGUUCACUCCAUGUCGAUCAUACAUCGCGAUAUCAAACCGAGCAACUUCCUUUACAACAGGCAAACUAAAGAGUUUCGACUGAUUGAUUUUGGACUGGCACAUCUUCCACCUGCCAGUGAAGCUUCGGUCGGUGACUUCGUUGAUGAGGAUACAACGACGACAUGUGGACCAUCAGUUCCCACCACAGUGAGACGCAGCACUCGCCUCGUCUCUCCCUCAUCGUCAAAAUCUAAACAAACCGGCUGCGUGUCGUUGUCCACCCGAACCUCGAGUUUACAUUCGUCACUCAAAGACGGUCCUAGUAAACACAACAGACACACGUCGGAUCGAAAACGUAUCCGUCAACGUUCGGCGUUCUCAGCCAUUCCUUUUGUAUCGUGUCAUUCCAAGUUGGAACUGAGACUGUGUCCGACGCGUCACAAACUGAACGAAGUGUGUAACGUCUGCUGCUCAAGACCAAGUCAGGAGACACCGCGGGAUGGCACCCCCGGGUUUCGAGCACCCGAAGUCUUGAUGAAAUCGCCCGACCAGUCGGCGGCCGUCGACGUCUGGUCGGCUGGCGUCACGAUGCUCUGCAUACUGUCAUCGUGCUAUCCGUUUUUCAAAGCUCAGAACGACAUGGAAGCAUUAGCUCAGAUUGUCACCGUGUUCGGCAGCCAUCAGUGUGUCAAUGCUGCUCGCAUCAUUCACAAAGACUUGGUGUGCAGUCCGGAGGUGACCGGAUGGGACUUGAAGGGGCUAUGUCGGCUCCUUCGAUACGGAAAGGAUCCCACGCCGUCGUGUGAAUGCGGCAAAGGGUUGGGGGAGAAACGCGAGUGUUGGAGGUGUCUAUCGGACGCAGCCUAUGAGUUUCUAACGAGAUGCUUGGAUCUUAACCCUUUCACACGAUUCACAGCUGAACAAGCUCUAGCUCAUCCGUUUCUACUCGAUUAGAAUUAUUACGUAUAAUACUCGAUUUGUAGGUAAUUUAUUUUAUAAGAAAUUAGUGAACUCACACUUUAUUAAUUAUGUACAGUGAUUGAAUAUAGACAAACAAUACAUUGAACCCGAAC